AUGCAUAGUGAGUUACUUCUACCCGAGGUGUUCAAGUCGAUCGUGGAGGAAGGGUUCAAAAGACGCUCCGCAGAGUUGCAGCAGAAAUCAAACGCACUAGUCAGUGGAACCGGUUCUCCAGUGUUCGAUCGGAGAAUCCCUAAAUCUUCGACAAGAGCGAGUCCUCUCGAAAAUCGAGCGAGGAAGGCCAAUAUUGUAAGAACUAUGGCUGCCAAGAACUACUUCAGUCUUCUUGCUGACAAAGAGGAGGCCCAGGAUGCAAAAAUUUCGGCCGCUGGCCGAAAUGAGUUUGGCAGCAAAUGCCGGCCUUUGCCGCAGUCGUACCUGAAAGUGCUCGUCCGCGGAUUGGAGACGAAGCCUCGAGAUCCAGUCCAGCAACAAGGUCCUCAGGCCCCACCAGAGAAAGCUAAAGUCCACGAGGCGCCUUCCAGAAGACGUCCUGGAGAACUUUGGGGCAAGUUCAGGCAGGAAAAGUGUGCUCCGGCUAACAAGUGAAGUAAAGAUCGUCCUUGUGCUUGACUUACAGCCCAAGGAUGCUGUAAGUUCAGGUAAGCACAGGCGUCGUGUGUUCCUUGCGAUGACGAUGCGCGGAGAGAAACUUUCGGCGGCAACCGGAGGCUUGGAAAGGGGCUUUUGCACUACGUUGAGGACCGCUUCAAGCUCUGAAUUGCGCAUUAGCUUACUCUCCUUUGUGCUGAAUUGAACUAAGGAACAUGUUCUAACUUUACAGUUCGAUAAUGAUAAUUCGCUACUAAUGCGGAUGUGUAAUGUAUAACCAACGAUGAAAAGACCCAUCCAGUCAAAGCCCUUGCAUGGAUGAAACCAAAGGAAUAAGAUGGGCAGGGUUAAGGGGAUCAAAUUUUCGGGUAGGAAGUUCUUAAGGUUGGAUGGAGUAUGGGACCAGCAAAGGUGCUCGAUUCGGCUAUGCUCUCUAAAUGGGAAAUAUGUCAUCCUCCGCAAAUAUGUCAAAGGGUUGUGAGCUCUCUUGUUUUCCGUGCAUUAAUGGAUAGUAAUUUCUAAAUUUGUUAAUAAUUUUUUCCGUGCAUUAAUAGAUUUUUUCUUUAUUGCGGAAACCUAUGGAGGAGAAGAUUAUAAGAAAAAUUGUUUCCA